GACCAACUUAGAUGAUUUUGCAUUGUGCUGCCUGUGUGUGUAUCACUGAAUUUGAGAUUUAUAUACAGUAGCAGACCCAACAUGAACUACUCUAAUCUGGCCAGUCUCCAUAACUUGCCACUGAAUUUUGGUUUUGUGUAAAGUUACCAGUCAUAAAACAAACCAGUCUCUUUAUGACUUAUUUAAUUCAACUCCUCACCAUAUGGUAAAUGUGUUCCAAACUAGAAUUAUGAAUACUGAAACCAGCCUUCGAACAUGUGCAUGUACUUCUGCUACCUAGACUCAUGAAGCUGGUCUGUGCUGCUACCUAGCGAUACACAUAGAAAACCUGUUACAUCCAUUACAUCUGUUUUACUUCAAUUUGUGACCUAUUUACUGACUCUCCCUCAUAUUCCCAUUGCUUGUUUUGGGGGAUAUGUGCCAGGCAUUGUUUUAUAGAUUGUUUUACGCUGAUUUGAUAAAGAUUCAGUGGGUUAUGUAUAAUGUGUGUAAAUUGGUUUGUUUGGAUGAAGUUGUUGAUAAUUUGGUUUUAUUCUUGUUCUUGUAUUAUGACUUGUUUUGCCUUUUUCUGCUUCUGUUGUUAUUAAUUGUGGUCUGUGUUUUCUUCUUUAUGUCAUUUAGAGUUUUACAAUCUCAUUUUGCCAUUGUGUUGUUUUGGGCGUUUUUCCUAAGGAGGUGUUUUAUUCUUGCUAUCCCAUGUCUUGAGUACAACCAAAACAACAAAACUGAAGCAGUGGCAUAUGCAAACUAAAAUGCAUGGACUGUCCCCUACAGUACAUAGGCCAGACAUGGUUACCAUUCCAAACAAGGCACAAAAAGCAUAUUUGUGGAAUUAAAUGUAACAAAGACACAUACUAAACACAGGACAUUCUUACAGAAACACACAGAACACAGUGGAAAUAGUACUGUGGUGUAUAGACCUUUUGCUAAGCAAUGAAUCUGUAAACAGCAGCCUUAGCUAGGUAAUGCCCACAACAUACAUGCACACAACAAGAGAACUGUGAUUGUUAUGUGCCCCGAGUAGAGAUGUUAUAACCUGGAGGUGUCGUACUAUGAUGUAGCAUACCUCGCAGAAGAGCUGCAGGAUAUAGUCUCAGCAAUGCAGCCGCACUUCAGCUCACAGCCUGGGACAUACUACAGUGAUGCUCUCUUCUUUCUAUCCCUUGGUCUUCACAGGAUUGCCCUAGAUCAGCAGCGUGCUGCAAUGUUUGAUGCUGAUACAAAACUGCAGGAAAAUAUUGAGGAGCUUUUUCAGGAGUUUGACAGGUUUGGACCAGAUACAUUGUUUGGUUUAGCACCUGAACUAACUCCUGUGUAUCGUCAUGUCCUGUACCUUUAUCGAUCACACCAUAAGGACACAAGGUUUGGUGAACCACUGUCAUCACAUAACGAUCAAGGCUUCCCUGGUGUGAAUAGUGGUGUUAUCUUAUUUCGACUGGAUCGUAUGCGUACAAAUUCAUUGUACAACCAGUUACUGGAAGCUAAGGCUGUGACUUCUCUUACAAACAAAUACAAUUUCAAGGGCCAUCUGGGUGAUCAGGACUUCUAUACCUUGCUAGCAAUGGAGCAUCCUGAUCUGGUUCAUCUGCUGCCAUGCGUAUGGAAUCGUCAGUUGUGUACGUGGUGGAGGGACCAUGGUUAUCGAGAUGUGUUUGACGCAUUUGCAUACUGUGAUGGAGCUGUGAAGUUGUACCAUGGCAAUUGCAACACUCCCAUUCCUAAUGACUGACACAGUGACUGCAUAGCUUUCACAGGGUCAUUAUUCUUGCAUCUGCAAUAGAAACCUGAUAGUUGGCAGCUUACUCCAAGCUUUCUUUAUGGAUUUUGUGGGACCUCGCCAGUUCUUCAGCUCAAACUGUCUAACCCGAUCACUGCCAAGCCUGUCUUAGAACUAGCUGGAUGAAAUGACAGAGCUGAUUGGUGAUAAAUGCAGUUGCACGCAGAACCCACAAUGCUCUCCCCAAGUCACCUUCAAACAAGAGCUAUAAAUAUUUUAUGUGAUAGCAUGUUUUUUUAUUUAAACAUCAGUUCAUUACACUUGAUGUCAUCUGUCCACGUAAAUGGUAUACUGAUUGAUUAAGAAGGAGCUUAUCUUUAAGCUUCGAUGAUUUUAAGAUAAGUACACCAAGUUGAUCUAGUUGGUGUAUCAUGUGGAAGGUAAAUCUACAUUAUACUGAUUGUAAGUACAGGAGCAGCUGCAGGAGAGCAUAAGGCUCUCAUUUGUAGAUGACAAGUCAAAUUCUAGUACAACCUGAGGGCAAAUUCCAAAAAAUCCUGGAGACUUGGUAUAGCUGUUUGAACAGAGCAGCUGACCUUGUCUGUGACACAGUAUCAGGUGACGUUGGAUUAAUUAAUUAGCAGUUAAUAAAAAUUAAUUUUACACCUUAGAAUUCAAAAUUUGAUAAGACCUUGAGUGUAUGGUACUGAUAGAGCAGUUGAUAGAUAUCCAAGUGUUAAAGAAAUUUCCCAUUGUUUUGGAACCAGAAGGUGCAUCACUCUCACCACAGAAUUCCAUUACUCAACCCUGUUCUGAGACAUCAGUCCAGUUUAGAUUCCCAUACCCUAUUUGCCUAAAAUCUCUCUUAAAGUUACCCUCUCAUUUACAUCUUGGUUUAACACAUGGUUUGUUUCCACGAGGUUUAUGAACAAAGAGAUUUAUCCAAGUCCAUACAUCACUAUAUAUACAUACAGAGUGUUUCACGACUUUAGAGCACAACUGCAGGAGGUGAUUUCCUAGGUCUUUGU